AUGUGCGAUCAAUUCAUUGGUGGACAGUAUCAGCAGGAUGGUGCCGAGAAUUUAAACGAGUAUAUGGAGGCGAAAGGUGAGUUGUGUGUGAAAGCUGCGAAAUUUGUUGCGAAAAAUCACCUGAAUUUGAAAUUUUUCCGAAAUUUUUGGGUGCACCUUGGAUGGGGUACCAUGGCUGGUGCGAAAAUUGAUCACCGGUAA